UGCGCUGCACACAUGCUUGUGAUGACGUUAUUUAUUGACGCGUAGACUACUAUCGUACAUAACAUAACAGAAAACAGUGCGAAUUCUGACGAUUGUUACUAGAAAUUUCAGAGAGCUGCAGAGAUUCCAGACUGACCCGUAUUCAGUAGUACAACGUUAGACCUAAGGAACAAUGUUUGGACCAUCGCUUUUUGGGAGUUUUGAUGAUCCAUUUUUCAAUGACAUGCAAGAGGCACAUCGUCGACACAUGGUCCCCAUGGCGAUGGGGAGUAUGUUCCCCCAGCAAUUCAUGCCAUCUAUAGAAGCCAGAGGUGUAAGAAGACCCCCUCAACCAUUCAGGCCAAAUCCAGCCAACAAUCCUAUGGCGAUGGCUCCUUUUGGUAUGAUGGGUGGUAUGGGCUCCAUGUUUGCCAAUAUGAACUCGAUGAUGGGAAACAUGCAGAGUCAUAUGGAGAGAGUUGCAAGUGAUCCUAACUCUCACUGCUACUCAUCAUCAUCAGUAAUGAGUUACUCUAAUACUGGGAACGGUGCACCACAAUACUACCAGGCAUCUUCUUCUACCAGACAAGCUCCGGGAGGGAUUCGUGAAACCAGGAAAACAGUGAGAGAUUCAGCACAAGGCAUUGAGAAGAUGGCUAUCGGUCAUCAUAUCAAUGAUAGAGGACAUGUGAUCGAGAAAUCCAAGAAUACAAGAACAGGCGACCAGGAGGAGAAACAAGACUUUCUUAAUAUUGAUGAGAGUGAUGCACCUACAUUUGACAAUGAAUGGAAGCAGAAAACAGGAGCUCACCGGGGAGGGGGACGUUCCGUGGAAGAGAGUAGGCCACCCGUGUUGGCUGUUACAGAUGGCAGAGAAUACCUGCACGAUAGGGAACAAAGGCCUGUGAGGCACCAUCCAGCCAACCCCCAGUCCGUCCGAUUUGACCGAUCCGAGAGGACGUCCGAUAACGCCCAUCCCUACCAUCGCCACCCUACCCCAGCCAGACCUCAGGGACCGAGCAGAGGCGGCAGGCAGAGGGAUUAUUAGGAUAUUCAGCAGAAACGCUCAGUAUUAAAAUAAGUCAUCCUUGUAAUAUAUUAUCUGUCACAUGUAUGCUGUUCCAAGCAAAAACAAACUGAAAAUAUAUUAAGCAAACACUGGUGAAAUUUGGUCGGAAAACAAUGGAAACUCUUUAUAUUUUACUGAAAUUAUAUUCUUUGUGUUUUGAUGAAAUACACACAUAAAAAAGUAAUGAUUACUUAUGAAAAUGUAAGCAAACACUGGUGAAAUUUGGUCGGAAAACAAUGAAAACUCUUUAUAUUUUACUAAAAUUGUAUUCUUUUUGUUUUUAUGAAAUUCACACCAAAAAAAGGAAUGAUUACUGUACGUGGAAGGAACAUAAUCUUUUCAUAAAAUGCAGAGCGCUCAUUCUUACAUUUUUAUGUUAAAAAAUGAGAAACAGAAUUCAAAUAUACUACAAGACCAAAGGCUUGAAUGUGGUGUACAUUGAGAGAAAUGGAAUGGAGAUUUGAGAUGCUUGUAUGAUCAUUGUUGAAAUUCUAUGUAAAGAUUUUGAAUAAAGAUUAACGAGCCAUGCCAUUUCUGCCAAAUGUUAGAAAUGUGUUUGUGAAGGUACGUGUUUUGGAAGAUAAUGUAUAUACAUGUAUGUUUAUUGAUGGAAUAUAUUUAUAACAUUUAUCUGAUUUUAACUAUUAUUACAAUAAUUUUUUGGAUUGUUCAUUUCAAGCAUUAUUCAACACAUUUUUGUUUGCCGUUUUUGAGGGCACUGUAUAUGGACAGUUAUCCACAAAACCGAUUUGUGUUUGUCAAGACUAUUUUUCUGUGCAAGAUUGUGUAACAUGGUUUGAUUCUCUUUUUAUCCCAUUUGAAUUACAGUGGAACCUGUAUAUAAAGACCACUCAAGGGAAAAAUAAAUAGUCUUUAUAGGCAGGUGGUCUUUAUGUACAGGUUCCUUUAGUACAGGAUUCAAUGGGAAACAUUAGUCAAGGGAAACAAAAAAUGCAGUCUUUACAGACAGGUGGUCUCUAAAGCAGGUUUGACUGUAUAUAUUUGAGAUAGAAAGGACACAGUUUGCACUGAAACUUAUAGAGUUUACUUAUAAACGGAAUUUUCAUUUUUAAGUAUUUAAUUAUGAUAGGAUUGUAUGUAUUAGAAUUGUCUCUACAUGUGUGUUGUUAUUAUUGUAGCUAUGUUUAUUACAUGAUUUAUCACAUGAUUUAUCACAUGAUGUUCUGUAUACGUAUUCUUGUUGGUUUUAAUAGUAUUAACAGCGUCUAUUCAUUCAGUUUUGACUGUUGAAUCAAUGUGCUGAAGUAUAUGACAGACGUAUUACAAGCCUCAAUUAGGGCCCACCUGAAUUUUGUCUUUGUUAUUCCAUAACCUGUUUGUAUGAUUUAUGAUCCAAAUCAUUAUUUUCUUGUCAGUAUUUAAUGGUUAUCCCAGUGGUCACAAUGUUUGAUGCUGUUCACAUCUAUAACAAAAAAGAUAGAAAUUAAGAAUCAUCUCAAACUAACGAGAAAACAUGAUGCUCAAAGUCAAAACAUUUUUUUCUCACGACAAUAAAGAUGUGAAGUUCUAUUCAUUAUUUUUGACCAGUUUUGAAUGAAAUUUUACUAAACAGCAUUAUGUGGGAAUCAUGAGUGAAAAUUUAAGGGGAUGAAAUUUAUUUCAAAGUAUUAUAUAAAUAAUUGAUGUUACAAAAGUAGUGGAUAACCUGGAAUAUAACAACAACAAAAAGAGGGGGGGCAUUUUGGAACAUUUAAUUUGUUAUUAACAUAUAGUUCAUGUAACUUAGAUUGCGUAAACAGUAUGUUAUUCUAUUAUAGUUCCUUCAAAUGUUCAAAUAAUUGCCCCUUAACCUGAGACCCCCCCCCCCCCCCCCCACACACACACACUUCUAUUUUCUGCUGCUCAUUGUGUCUAAUGUACAUUCCUGCAUGUUGUGAAUAAAUGUUAUUCUGUCAUUCAACACGA